UUUUAAUGAUAUAAGCUGUCAUUCUAAAUCAUGGCUGAAUCACAAAAAGUUGUUGUUAUGGAAAAUAUUGAAAAAUUCGACAAUAAGAAACAUGAAAUUGAAGAGAAAUUACAGAAGAGGGAAGAUGAAAGACUAGCUAACAUCCAGAAACGCAAAGAAGAGAAAUCGGCGGUAACAUCUGUCAAGGAAAGCGCUAAAUUUUUCUAUGAUCAAUUUUCAACUGAAAAGAUCAAUCUAGAAAAUGAACUAGAAAAAUGUGACUCAUUGGAUAAAAAUAAACUUGUUGAAAAAUUUGAUGAUUUAACUGCUAAACAUCAAAAACUGCAACGCUUCUUCACAGAAUCCACUAUGUUUUUGCCAUCAUAUGAUGUUCAGCAAACACUGGAUAUUUUAUCAAAGUUGCAAACACAGAUCCAGGAAAAAAGAGAUAAGUUACUUCCAAAGAAGAAGUUUGCAUUUAAAUCUAAGAAAAAGGGAACGGUUGUGGAAAAACAGGAGGAUGUGAAGAAAGAAGGUGAUGAUGAAGAUGACAGUGUUAUUUUAGCCGACUGUAAAUUUACUGACAUGAAAGAAAAGGAAUUAUACAUGAAAGAUGAAAUAAAUAAGAAAGAUGUUGCUCUUGCAAGACUAGAAUCUUGUACCAUUAGACUUCUUGGUGCACCUUCUGCUAUUCAUAUUAAUAAAUUGACAAACUGUACAAUCUUGUCAGGUCCAGUGUCGGGGUCUAUAUUUAUCCGAGGAUGUAAAAACUGUACAUUUGUUGUGGCCUGCCAGCAGUUACGUAUACACACAACAACAGAUACAAAGUUCUUCAUUCAUGUAACCAGCAGAGCAAUUAUAGAAGACUGUUCAUCAGUAACCUUUGGACCUUAUAAUUGGACAUACCCAGAAAUUGAGAGUCACUAUGGUAUUUCAGGCCUUGACAAAAAUAGAAAUAGUUGGGAUGAUAUUGAUGAUUUCAAUUGGCUUGCCGCAGACAAACAUUCUCCAAAUUGGAGUUUGGUUCCAGAAAGUGAAAGGAAUAACUGUUGGAAUUAAUCAGUUUAAGUGAAAGGGAUAACUGUUAAAAUUAAGUUAUCGAUUAUCAAUUUCAAAGUGGACAGAAAGUCAUGUUGUUGACAUUAGAAACACAAUUUUACACAUGUUAAGUGUAUAUUAAUCUAUAAUUAAAACUUUAUAUUAGAUGUUGUAUUGUGAAAAGAUAACUUUACAGGCUUAAUAAAUUUUUUUUUAAAGGCUUAAUAAUAAUAUAAAUAAGUAAAGA